ACAUAAGACGCGAUAACUUCGAUGACACUAAAAUAAGCGACCCAUAUGACCGGUUUCACUAUCCAUACUUUGUUUUGAUCGUCACCGAGAAACUUUCUCAACUUUAAAUCAACUUUUAAUCAAUAAUGCAUGGCGAUCUAUCACCAAACCUGCACACACCCGAAUGCAAUUUGCUCAUAGAAGAAUUUAACCAGUGUCACGCAGAGAAUCCAGUUGCAAAAUUUUUCGGUUCUUGCAAUAAAAUCGACAAAUUGUUAAUCGCUUGCUUGAGGAACGAGAGGAAAGCGAAUCAAAGCGAGAAUUUGAGACGAUCAGCCGAAAGACAGAAAAAGUUUCAGGAGAGACUUAAUCGCGACAAAUCGGAACCAAACGUUCAAUAGUGAGAAGACACAAUAUGACCGAGCUUAGUGAUUACUAUUUUAACGAGGAAAAGUUACUGUUCGACGGCAAAGAAUGCCCUUCUAUCGUGUGUGAUUUCGAUGCCAAAUUUCCAUCACAAGUCGACCGAUACUUUACGCGUUUCUACUAUCGCAAAUCGGACACCGGCAACGAAGAUCAUCAGAUAUUGAUUCACUCGAAUCGGAUUUGUUUGGUUGGACUAGCGCCGUCACACAUCGCUUUUGUGAAGGGUAUCAAAUCAGUCGACUUUAACAUCGGUAACAUUGACCGCAGGAAGAAUCAUUGUUCUGGCAAAGGCAAGAAAGGUGCAAUGAAUUUGCAACCGACAUCAGCAUUGGCUAUUGUAACAUGCAAAGACGACACUCAAUAUAAAGUCGUCAGUUGCAUUACUGGUAAGCUAACCGAAGUCAAUGAAAGACUGACGGACAACCCACAAUUGUUGGCCCAAGAAGGUGAUGGAUACGUUGCCAUUUGUUUGCCGAAAAUUGAUAAAGUUGAAGACAUCAAACAAACUCUCAUAUCGGAGGAGGAGUACAGAAAAAUUUCAUCCGACCUCGGUUCCAAUAAUUGAUCCAACUGUGUUCGCUCGAUAGUAUGUGGUAACAAUAAAGUUAAAAGAAAAAAC